UGCGCCUCGUGGCCCUGGCUCGCGGGUGACGGUUUUUCCUCAGCUGAUUUGGUUUCCCGCUAAUUUUGGUGUCAGCCAAUCAGGAGAGGGGCGGGUGCUCAGUUUCGGUUAAGCAGCCAAUCAGAGCCCGAGUCGAUGUGACUGACAGGCUGGACUGCCGCCGCGGUAUAUAAGGGCGGGCUGUGGACCGGUUCCGGGCUCUCGGUACAGAAGGGGGAGGGGUACAAUCGGAGAGAUACCGGAACCGAUACCGACAUGACUGAGGUGGAGCCCCGGGAGCCCGAACCGACCAUCCAACCGGAGAUCCCGAAACCGGGCACAGCGCGCAGCCAGGCGGGCAAGAAAGUCAUGGCCACUCAGGUCCAAGGAACUGUGAAGUGGUUCAAUGUACGCAAUGGCUAUGGAUUUAUUAACAGGAAUGACACCAAAGAAGAUGUCUUUGUCCAUCAGACAGCCAUAAAACGGAAUAAUCCCCGCAAGUUUCUGCGCAGUGUUGGUGAUGGAGAGACUGUAGAGUUUGAUGUUGUUGAAGGAGAAAAGGGUGCAGAGGCUUCUAAUGUGACUGGUCCAGGAGGUGUGCCAGUGAAAGGAAGCAGAUUUGCCCCAAACCGGCGAAGGUUUCGCCGUCGGUUCUAUCGGCCCCGAGGGGACAAUGCUGGGGAGUCUGGCAGUGAAGGAGUGACUGGAGAACAGGUGAGCGAGAGUGAAAAAACUGAAGACUCUUCACCCCAGCCGAGACCAACCCAGCGAAGACGCCCUCCUCCCUUUUUCUAUCGGAGGAGGUUUGUGAGGGGUCCCAGGCCCGAUCAGCAACAACAGACCAUUGAGGUGACUGAUAAAGAUGAACCUAAAGAUCCUGCAACGCAAGCACCAGAUGCAGAGAUUGGUGAUGGUCAGCGGAUCACGCCACGCCGAUUCCGCCCACGAUUUCGCAGGCCUUUUCGACCUCGGCCUCCACAGCAACAGACUGGAGAAGGAGGGGAUGGAGAGAUCAAACCUACAGCUAAUGGAGGGCCCCGGCCAGAGCCUCAGCGGCAGCGAAACCGUCCAUACUUCCAGAGGCGCAGGAGACCAGGAACAGCACCAGCCAUAGCUCAGGAUAAUGGAAAAAAACAAAUGGAACCUGCUAAUGGAUCUGCUUCAGAAACUGGCACCCCUCCUUCUCCCAGUGAUGCACCCACUGAGGCUGCUGGCGUACAUACUACGGCUCCUGCACCAGAGCCCAGGGAAGCAGACCCCCCUGCUCCAGAGUGACCCCACCACUGACACAUGACAUCUGGACUAGUGGCACCGGUGUCAGAUCCUCCUUAGAGCUUCACAGGAUUGUUUGGAACAUGGCAAUAAAUCACUUACGAGGGGAGCAGCCACUUCCCCCCCUCUCACUGCGUGUCAGCUUAUUUUCACUUUUUGGGAACACUUGGGUAUAUUGUACAAAUUGCAACAGUAAAACUGGAACAGCAAA